GAGGCGGGAGGAGGGACACCACUGGGAGGCUGUCCCCUCCCAGUGCUCUUCUGGCUGGUGUUCCCAGGGGCCUUGGCCUGGGGAGAAUGAUGCACACAUGGGUGGCUGCUUCUGCAUUCCGGGGGAGCCGAGUCUGUCCUGGGGCCCAGGUAAAGAAACUCCUUCCAAGGAUCCAACCAUAUCAAGUGAGUUUAUAGUCUCAUCUGAAGACAAGGAAAAAUGUUUCCUGCCACAGAACAUGACUCCAGAUCUGACGCUCUCCUUCAGUGUGAAGAGCCGCUCCCGAAGAUGCGUAAACGGCCUCCUGCAGGAAGCGGCCAGGAGGCGGCUCUGGGCCCUGGAGAAUGAGGAUCAGGAGGUGCGUGCCCUGUUUCAGGACCUCUCAGCCAGGUUGGUGGGCAUCCAGUCCCAGAAAGCUCAGUUCCUCAUCACCUUCAAGACCAUGGAGGAAAUCUGGAAGUUUUCCACCUACUUGAACUUAGGCUAUGUGUCUGCAUGUCUGGAACAUGUCCUCUUUGACCAUAAGUACUGGCUCAACUGCAGAUUGGUGGAAGAUACAGAGAUCCAAGUGUCAGUGGAUGAGAAACACCUGGAAACAAUAUACCUGGGACUCCUGAUACAGGAAGGCCACUUCUUCUGCAGAGCCAUGAGCUCCGUGGCUCAGCCAGCUGAGAAGGAAGGGGAGUAUUUGGCGCUUUGCAAGAAGGAGUUAAUCUCCGUGAAGAUAGUUGAAGGCGAAUCCGAGUGGGAGGGCGUGUCCCUGGUGACGGGUCAGCGGGGCCUGGUGCCCCUGUCAGCUCUGGAACCUCUGCCGCUCCCUUUCCACCAAUGGUUCCUAAAGAAUUAUCCAGGAAGCUGUGGCCUUUCCAGGAAGAGGGAUUGGACAGGCUCCUAUCAGAUCGGUCGAGGAAAAUGUAAGGCCUGGAAGGAAUAUGAGAGGGAAGAAAAGGAUGAGCUGAAUUUUCACCAGGGAGAAAGCAUCGAGAUCAUCGGCUUUGUCAUACCUGGGCUUCAGUGGUUCAUUGGGAAGUCAACACGCUCAGGAGAAGUGGGCUUUGUUCCCACCAGGAGCAUAGAUCCUGAGUCGUAUUCCCCAAUGAACAAGAGCUCCGCCUUUUUCAGUGACGAGGAAAGAUGCUCUCUGUGGGUCCUGGGAAGUGACAGGAAAGCUGAGUGUGCCAGCUUCCUCCACACGCUUGCUCAUACUGACAUAGCAUCUGUCUACCGGCUUAGUGGGUUUGAAUCCAUCCAGAAUCUUCCAAACGAUCUAAGUGCGUCCCAGCCUGAAGGCUUCAAGGAGGCCAGGCCUGGCAGAGCCUGGGAGGAGCAUCAGGCCGUGGGCUCCAGACAGUCCAGCAGCUCUGAGGACUCCAGCCUGGAGGAGGAGCUCCUCUCAGCCGCCUCGGACAGCUAUCACUUGCCGGAGCCUGAUGACCUCGAUGACCCGGAACUGCUCGUGGACCUGAAUGCUAGUCAGGAAGAGGAGGAGGCUGAGAACUUCGCCCCCAUAUUGGCUUUUCUGGAUCACGAGGGUUAUGCUGACCACUUUAAGAGCCUCUAUGAUUUCUCCUUCUCUUUCCUCACAUCUUCCUUUUACAGCUUCUCUGAGGAGGAUGAACUUGUGGCCUACCUGGAGGCCUCAAGGAAGUGGGCCAAGCGGAGCCGCAGGACCUGGGCCCACGCCCGGCUCUGCUUCCUCCUGGGCCGGCUGAGUGUCAGGAAGGUCAAACUCUCCCAGGCCAGGGUCUACUUUGAGGAGGCUAUGUACAUCCUUGAUGGGACAUUUAAAGACCUAUCCUUGGUGGCUGCUCUGUAUAUCAAUCUGGCUGCCAUCUAUCUGAGGCAGAGGCUAAGGCAUAAAGGCUCGGCUCUGCUGGAAAAAGCAGGGGCCCUGCUGGCCUGCCUGCCAGACCGUGAGUCUAGUACCAAGAAUGAGCUCGACGUGGUGGCCUACGUAUUACGCCAGGGCAUUGUGUCAGGCAGUUGUCCCUUGGAGGCCAGGGCCUGCUUCCUGGCCAUCCGACUGCUCCUAAGCCUAGGCCGGCAUGAGGAGGUCCUGCCCUUCGCCGAGCGCCUGCAGCUCCUCUCUGGACACCUUCCUGACUUGGAAGUUACAGCAACCAUCUUGAGUUUUCUGUAUGAUAAGAAAUAUCUCCCACACCUUGCAGUGGCCUCUGUCCGGGAACAUGGUACCCAGAGUGGCCAAGGGAUGUCCUUUCCAAUUUGGCAGGUCUACCUGGUUCUCCAGAACACCACCAAACUCCUUGGAGUUCCCUCUUCAAGCUGGGGUGAAGUUUCUGCUCUGGCCUGCCCAGCACUCAGCCAGGCACUGGCUGCCUGUGAGGAGCAGGCCAGUCGGAGCACCCAGAGGGCCCUAUGUCUCAUCCUGUCCAAAGUGUACCUCCAACACAGGUCUCCCGAUGGUGCCAUUCACUACCUGAGCCAGGCCUUGGUGCUAGGGCAGCUGCUGAGUGAGCAGGAAGCCUUUGAGUCUUCCCUCUGCCUGGCAUGGGCAUAUCUCUUAGCCAGCCAGGCCAAGAAGGCUUUGGACAUCCUCGAGCCCCUCCUAUACUCUCAGAAGGAGACAGAGAGUAUCACCCAAAAGGGGGUGGUCCAUAACCUCCUGGGACUUGCACUUCAAGGUGAAGGCCGGGUGAACAGGGCAGCCAAGAGCUAUCUCCGGGCCUUGAACAGAGCUCAGGAAAUGGGGAAUGUGCGUAACCAGGCGGUGACGUUGGCCAAUCUUGGCCACCUGACCCUUAUGUCCUGGGCUCAGCAGCCAGCCGAGGACUAUCUCCUGCAGGCCAUCCGACUCUAUUCUGAACUCCAGACCAGCAUGGAGACAGACAUGGAAUUAGUACAGGUCCUUCUCUGGUUGGCCCAAGUCCUGGUGUGUGGGCGCCAGCCAGCCCGUGGCCGCCUUUGUUAUGAAAUGGCAUUGCUGUUUGGCUUAAGGCAUCGACACCUGAAGAGUCAGCUUCAGGUCACCAAAUCCCUCUGCCAUUUCUACAGCUCUGUAUCCCCAGACCCCAAGGCAUGCAUCACCUACCACGAACACUGGCUGACCCUGGCUCAGCAACUCAGGGACCGAGAGAUGGAGGGGAGGCUGCUGGAGUCCCUCGGGCAGCUCUAUCGGAACCUGAACACGGCCAGGUCUCUCAGGAAGUCUCUCACCUGCAUCAAAGAGAGCCUGCGUAUCUUCAUCGACCUAGGGGAGAAAGACAAGGCUGCUGAGGCCUGGCUCGGAGCUGGGCGACUCCACUACCUCAUGCGGGAAGAUGAGCUGGUGGAGCUGUACCUACAGGCAGCCAUCCAGAAAGCCCUGAAGUCUGAGGAGCCCUCUCUGGCUCUCAAACUCUAUGAAGAAGCAGGUGAUGUGUUCUUCAAUGGGACCCGCCACAGGCACCGUGCGGUGGAGUAUUACCGAGCCGGGGCCGUUCCUUUAGCGAGGAGGAUGAAGGCCCUGAGAACAGAGCUCCGGGUUUUCAAUAAACUGACGGAGCUGCAGAUCAGCCUGGAAGGCUAUGAGAAGGCUUUGGAGUUCGCCACCUUGGCGGCCAGACUCAGCACGGUCAUAGGAGAUCAGAAGCAGGAGCUGGUGGCCUUUCACCGUCUGGCUACAGUCUACUAUUCCCUGCGCAUGUACGAGAUGGCUGAGGACUGCUACCUGAAGACUCUGUCUCUCUGUCCACCCUGCCUGCAGAGUCCCAAGGAGGCCCUAUACUACGCGAAGGUGUAUUAUCGCCUGGGCCGACUCACCUUCUACCAGCUGAAGGAUGCCCAUGAUGCCACCGAGUACUUCCGGCUGGCCCUGGCAGCAGCGGUCCUGCUGGGUGACGAGGAGCUGCAGGACACCAUCAGAAGCAGGCUGGACAACAUCUGCCGGAGCCCCCUGUGGUACAGCAGCCCCUCCGGGCGCUCCUCAGAGAGGGCGCGGUGGCUGAGCAGCGGGGGGCUGGCCCUCUGAGGACAGCUGUCCCAGAUCUGACCAGUGGCCGUGGCCAGA